AUGGCAGACUACCAACGAACUCAGCAGCAGCAGCAGCAGCAAAGACCGACGUCGGAGGCCAUACGAGGGCUCCUCCCGGAGAAGGGCCCGUCGACGCAGCAAAUCAUCGCCGUCGUCACCCUCCUCCCCCUCGGCGGCUUCCUCCUCCUCCUCUCCGGCCUCACCUUCUUCGCCUCCUUAAUUGGCCUCUUCGUCUCGACCCCGGUCUUCGUGAUAUUCAGCCCGGUCAUCGUCCCCGCCGCCUUCGCCAUCUUCAUGGCCGUCGCCGGCUUCCUCACCUCGGGGGCUUUCGGCAUCACCGGCCUGUCGUCGCUGACGUGGCUGGCGAAUUUCGUUAGAGGGCUCAGGCGAAAGCUUCCCGAGCAGGCUGAGCAGGCCAAGCGGCGCGUGCAGGACACGGCGGGGUAUAUGGGCCAGAAGACUAGGGAAACGGGCCAGACGGUCCAGACUAAGGCCCAGGAGGCUGUGAGGGGGGAGGAGGGCGGUAAGGCCCAGGAAGGCAAAAAAACAUAA